AUGGGACGACGCUCACCACCCGUUCUCACCAGGAGCGGCUGUAGUAUCCUCUUCCUCCCAGGGAGCGACGGCGGCGGCGGCGGCGGCGGCGGCGGGAGAGGGAGCUCAGCUCGUAUUGCCACGGCGAUGAGGUCGUCGGCGGCCAGGCGCGCCACCCUGCUCCCUCCUCCGCUGGCGCCCGGAAGCAGCCCCGGCCGCCGGCUCCUGCCGCUGCAGCGCGCUCCGGGCGGCGUGGGGCCGCGUCGCGCGCUCGCCCGCGCGGCGACCCGAGAGGGACGGUAUCUUCCUCCGCUGUUCAGCGUGGCGCCGAUGAUGGACUGGACGGACAACCACUACCGGACGCUCGCGCGGCUCAUCUCCAAGCACGCGUGGCUCUACACGGAGAUGGUGGUCGCGGAGACCAUUGUGCAUCAAAAAGAUAAUUUGGAUAAAUUUUUAGCAUUUCCUGCUGAACAGCAUCCUAUUGUGCUACAAAUUGGUGGAAGUAAUCUGGAUAACUUGGCGAAAGCAACUGAACUGGCAAAUGCUUAUUCAUAUGAUGAAAUCAACCUAAACUGUGGUUGCCCCAGUGGCAAAGUUGCUGGUCAUGGUUGCUUCGGUGCUCGCUUAAUGUUUGACCCAGAGUUUGUAGGAGAUGCUAUGUCAGCUAUUGCUGCCAAUUGUAAUGUCCCUGUCAGCGUUAAGUGCAGAAUUGGUGUUGAUGAUCGUGAUUCCUACGAAGAACUCUGUGAAUUUGUAGAUAAGGUUGUUUCCAAGUCACCAACUAGGCAUUUCAUUAUUCAUGCUCGGAAGGCAUUGCUAAAUGGUCUCAGCCCUGCAGAAAAUCGGAAGGUUCCUCCUUUAAAAUAUGAAUACUACUUUGCUUUAUUGAGGGACUUCCCAGAUGUGCAGUUUACUUUAAAUGGAGGUAUAACUACUAUUGAUCAAGUUAAUGCAUCCAUAAGACAAGGCGCACAUCGAGUUAUGGUUGGCCGGGCUGCAUAUAAUAAUCCAUGGAACAUGCUGGGGCAUGUGGACAGUGAAGUCUAUGGUAUGCCAACAAGAAAUUCUUCUCGUCGUCAGAUCCUUGAGAGCUACCAGGUUUAUGGUGAUUCUAUAAUGGGGCAGUAUGGCCCUAGUAGACCAAACGUGAGACAACUUGUCAAGCCAUUGUUAAAUUUAUUCCACUCGGAACCUGGCAAUGGCCUUUGGAAACGCAAGGCCGACUCUACACUACGUCAUUGCAAGACACUCCAAUCCUUCUUAGAGGAGACUCUCGAGGCAAUUCCAGACUCUGUCCUUGACGCACCAAUAGGAAAGGAUCCAUGCAGUGAGGAGGCGCAUUUUGCUGAUAUGGAUUCUUUGUUGCCGCCCAGAUAUACAUCCCUGACCAACAGUAGCCAUGAAAGUUCAGUACUUGUGACUGCAUCCACUUGAUCCACCGUAGUUUCCGUGGAAAUGCUAAAAUUUCAGGGGAGAAAAGGUCGAGCCUGCAAAGACUACUGUUAAAUACAGAUCCUUUAUGGGUUAAGAUGUGAUCAACAAAGAUGAUUAUAGCACACUAAGUUGAAAUACACAAAAUGAAAUACGUAAACAUUCUCUGGGAGGAGGAAUUGUAACCAGUUAUUGUUCCACUGUAGUUUUAGCGAGGACCAAAUUAUGUUUUUAACGAAAACCGCAGAAAAUAUAUUUAUUUGAAUGUAAACCGUUGAAAUUCUCCUCGGUACAGGCCAUUAACUCUACCUAUAUUAUAAAUUUCUACUUAUAUUAUAAUUUCCCCUUUAUCCGGGAGGAAAAUGUUA